AUGGGCGUACGCUCGUUUGCCAUCGGAUACUCCUACAAAAUUAGGAAGAGCGAGUGCAUUGCUAAUGAGGCCUACUUUAGCAAUGUCUCGUGUGAUUUAAAGCCCAUAAACUGGACUCGAUCGGUAAUGAACAUGGAUUGUGAUAUUAAAGACAUUUUAACUGAUAUUAAGAUGACAGUAGAAGUCUUUUAUAAAGAUUCUUCAAAUCUUUACAAACCCUUUGCCGUCAAAUUUAGCUUUGAUAUUUGCCAACUUCUGAAAAAUAAAACGAAACGAUUUUUUUUGGAAAAGUAUGCCAUAAAUCAUUUGGAGACCUGGACUAACGUGAAUCACAGUUGUCCCUUUACGGUAAGCUUGACAACAUACUCUUUUGAAUAGAGACAAAGUUUUAUUUUACAGGGCCAUUUGUUUGCACGCGAGUUUCAUUUGGAUGAGGUGUCCUUGCCGACUCUUCCUUUGCAGAAUUACAAAAUUGCUUUUAAUUUUUCAGGUGCCAAGCCUUCAAAACAUUUGGGGUUGGUUUUCAUAUACUUCGAAGUGAUCGAGGACUAUUACAAGAACAAGCGCACUAAGCCACGUCCAAAGUAACUUGAUAUUGUUGGAAAUUCGUUAAAAAUCUUUUAA